GGAAAUGAUGCAGAGGCAACAGCGUGGAAAUCUAACCACAUGACCCCGACUUUCGUGCACCUUUUAACUUGAUUCGCACAUAUAUCCAUGUCAGAUUAACGAUUGACCUUCAAUUAAUUGUAUUUUAUAUGUGUAUAUAUCGGCAAUUAAAAUCUGCAGGGCCCGAACGGAAAUUGAACAUCCGUUUCCAGGCUACAGAAAAUAUGAAUCCCUGGGGCCACACACAAUUAAUGUUAUUUUGUUGCACAGCGGCGCCAAUGCGCCAGGCGCCCAUCGAAGCGGAGACGGAGGACGCGCUGGCGACCUGGAACUGGCCGGCGGGCACAUCGAAAAACUCUUACCGCGAUUUUCUUGACAACGGAAGCCCUUUGCCAAAAAUUGAGGCUGUGGAAAUGGCGCCCGAAUUCGACGAUGCCUUGCUGAAGGCUUUUAAUUUCCCACUGCUUCCGCUGAACAUGCACAAGGGUUGGCGUCUUGGGCAUCAACGCUACGAUAAGUAUUUAAAGGAGCUGCAAUUGCAUCGGACAUGGCUGGACGAACUGCAAUCUCCGGCUGAUGACUCCACCGCGCGACAGACAAGUGGCACCCAGCUUUGGCCAGCCAGCGAGGACGACUUGCUGGCAUUAUCCGGUCAACCAGGUUCUGGCUACUCCCGCACCAGACAGCAGCAACAACGUAAACAUAAACGCGAGCCGUCCGAGCAGAAGGGUACACGCUACAAGCCGUCCAUCAGUGCUGGUGUCAUGACCAAUCUGGGCGACUUCUUUAACCAGCUAAAGGCGAACGUGCACUUUGCGGAGCAUUCGCAGCAGCUGGGCGAGGCGGAAUCUCAGCUGCUCGAGGGUGUGCAUCCGCAUCCGCUGCAGAAGGACGACGACGACAAAGAAGAGGAUGACGAUUAUGAUUCCGGCCAGCCGCCCGAUCGUAAGACAUCCAAGCUGCUGCAAUCCAUACGCAGCUAUCGACCCUCGCAGAAGGUACGCUCGCUGGUAUCACGCAAUCCGAACGGAUAUCGUGGCUCCCAGUUCAUUGAUCCCAGCUACAUGUGGCUGGGCCUGGGCAAAUGACCAUAAGCUGCCGCAUCCACAGGUUACAACGAUUGAGAUCCAUUUCCAGCUUGCCCGCUUCCCAACUUUUCAAAUUCUUAUCUGUGUGUACAUAUACAUAUAUAUAUAUAGAUAUAUUUAUAUUUAAAGGCAAGCAUUAAAAAAUGCCCGGAAAAAUAGCAAAAAAAUAUUUGAUCCUGUUACAGCAUAUACGAUUAUUACGACAGUACGCGUGCACCCUGUGCACACAUAUAUUCAUGUAUACAUAUAUGUAUAUAUAUAUAUAUAUGGGUUUUAACAUUAAACAUUAAAUAUGAUUUUCGUUUCCAAA